AUGGUUUCAUCAUACAUUAUAAUAUUAUUUUAUUUUUACAGCUCUAAAUUAAUUUUAGGUAAAGUUGAUAUUAUAGAAUCAGAAUUUGGUAUUGAAAAAUGUAAUUCUGACAAAGUAAAAAUAUUAGAAGAGAAAUUUUAUAGUAAAUCUUGUGGUGGAGAAAAUUUAUUACCUAAUUUUGAAUGGAUAGAUAAAAAUAGUACAACAAAAUCAUAUGUUAUUACUAUAACUAGUAUUAGUAAUUCCAAUACAGUUGUUCACUUCAUAGCAUGGAAUAUUCCUGCUCAUGUAAAUUCAUUAAAUAAUUUUACGAAUUUUAAUGAUAUUAACGCUAUUAUUGGUUUGAAUUCUUAUAACAAAAAAAAUUAUGAAGGUCCUUGUUAUAAACAUUUAAACAAUGAAACAAGUGAAUGCAUAAAAUUUACUUUGUAUGUAUUAAAAAAUGAGAAUAUAGAAUUAUCUGAAGAUGCAGAUUAUUAUGAAUUAAUGGCUUAUAUAAAAAAAAUGAGUAGAACUGAAAAUAUUAUUCUUGAUAGCUUAUCUUUAUAUUCAUUAUCCAUACCAAAAAAAGUUUUAGAUUAA